UUCCGAAUUCUGAGAGCCGUAAUCUAGCUCCAAAUUCUGUGAGUCGUAAUCUAGCUCCAAAUUCUGUGAGUCGUAAUCUAACUCCAAAUUCUGAAUACUCAUAUUCAAAUCCGAGUUCUGUGAGUCGUAACCUUGUUCGAUAG